AUGGCAAGUGAGGAAGAGAGUUUUCUUGCCUUAGUGUAUUGCUCUGGAAAAAUCCAAAAAAUCAAAAGAUAUGGUGUGAAGUUCACUGACAGAGAACCACUAAGUAUUUUCAUCAGUUUAUCAAGCACUUUGUCAGAUUUAAAGAACAGCAUCUUGCAGAAGCUUGGGGUGUUUGGUAGCAAGUGGGUGAAGAAGCUAUUUUACAAGAUUUCCAUCGCAGUUGUCUCGACCGGUGUUAAGUAUGAUACCUUUGUGCUAGCGGCUGAUGAAGAUAUUAGGGUUCUGUUCCAUUGUGUUAGGAGUUUUCCAGAGGUCAGAAUACACGAGUUGUUCGCGAAGUUGGAGGUUGGUGUCGAUAGUUCUGGGGUAUCAGCUCUAGUUCAUAGCUCGACUGCCGCGGGCGGUGCGUCUAGUUCGAUGCCUGUAGUGAGACCAUCCAUUUCGCUGGUAGCAUCCCCUUCAUUCACAGCUGAUUUAGAUCGAACGGAGGUUGUUGGUUCUGUACCUUUGGAGAAUGCAGGGGUCUUUGAGCAGGCGUAUGAGGUGGGCACCGGUGGUGGCUUGCUACCUGAUAUGCAAGGCUUUGGAGAACCUGAUCGAGUAGAGAAUGCAAUGUCAUGGGCCUUUAAGUUCUGGCACUCAGCAGUAUGCUCCACACUUCUCCACACUAAACUUGGAGGCUCUGGGUCCACAGGCAGACGGUGGUCCUACAAUUGGGGCUCUUCUACAGAAUUUCAGAUUGGGCAAUCAUUCCAGAAUAAAGAUGAGGUUGUGCUGAGUGUGAAGGACUAUAGCAUCCACCGAGGUGUUGAGUACAGAGUCAUCGAAUCAGAUCAUCUUAAGUAUCAUGGAAAAUGCAAGGAGUUCGGCAAGGGUUGUAGUUGGUUGAUUCGCGUAGCGCUGCGUGCACGAAAGGGCACUUGGGAAGUUAGGAGGUACAACGGGCCACACACUUGCUUGUCAACCAAUAUUUCCAGUGAUCACCGUCAGCUGGAUUAUCACGUUAUCUGUGCAAGGAUUCUUCCGUUGAUUAGGACAGAUGUUGUGGUCACGGUAAAGGUGUUGCAACAAGCUACAGAAGCCGAUUACGGUUUCAGGCCUAGUUACAUGAAGGUUUGGAUGGCGAAGCAGAAGGCAGUGGCACAAAUAUAUGGAGAUUGGGAAGAGUCGUAUGCAGAGUUGUCACAUUGGAUGCUAGGGGUAUAG